AUGAAUAACGAACACUCACACGACGGCAAAGUAAAAGUACGUGUACGUGUUCAAAGAAGGAAAUAUGAUAGUAAUGGCAAUGAAAUUCCUCACAAUCAUCAGCAUUCAUCAACAAAAGAUUCAAAUAAUUCAACAACAACGAAUCAAACCACAAACACAUUGACAUCACAAACAUUGGUUCCAGCAACAACAAAUGAUCUUACCACAUUAAAUUUGAAUACUCAAAAUCAAUUACCUGAAAAACAAAGUAAUGUUCGAUUAACACGACGUAGAAAGAAAGUAAAUACCGUUGGAAAGAAGAAACACUUCGAAGAAAUCGACGAAGACGGAAAUUUCACAGAAAUAGAUGAAAACACUUACGAACCAGCAUUGAUACGCUAUAAUUCGAGAUUUGUUGGAAAAGGACCAUUUGACUCUACGACUUACACAGAAUCUACAAUAGAAACAGGAGCAGAACAAACAAUGGAAACUGAGGUUGAAAAAACAGCUGUUCCACGAACAACUCAAUCCUUUACAAGUUUUGUAGGUACUGCAUUAGCACAUGAAUCUCGUACCGGCGAAGAAGAAGAUUCAGAGGCAGAAGUUCAAAAAUACGUUCCAAGAGAUUUUGAUACAUUCGGUUUGGCCGAAGAUAGAGAUUUGUCAUACCUGUAUCCUAAGCCAGAACAGAAGAAACCAAAUGCAGAAUGGCUAAAAAAGGAACAACCUGCAAAAUUAAAUCAAUUUAGCGCAAAAGAUGACUUAGAAGUUAUUGAAUUCGAGCCUUUCUUCCAGAAGGAGAAGAAAUUCAGCCGUAAAACAUUUAAAUUCGAUAACAGACCUCAAGAUGAGUCCGAAUCUCUUUCUUCUAUUGUUAAUACGUUUAAUGAUGAAUUAGAUUCAAAUACAGAUACAACACCACCUCCAGACCUUCCUAAAGAUAAGUACAUCAUUGAAAGUAUCGAAAAUGAAGAUCAAUUAAUUGAAAUUUAUCAAACAGGAUCAGAUUCGAUGGAAAUUCAAAACAAGGACAAUCAAAAUCCAGAAAAAUCAUCUGUUAAAGAAGAAAAAGUUCAAAAUGAGUCAGAAUCUCUAAAUCAAUCUGAAAAUGGAUCAAAGAAGACCUCUAAAUCCAGUGCAUCUAUUAAUAAUGCACCACAAGGAUCAGUUAAAUCUAGUUCUUCUAAAUCCAAUUCCUCGAAAACUGAUAAUAGUUCAAUUUCUGCUAAACCAACAGCAGAAAGAUCAAUCAAGUCACAUCAAAGUAGUUCUAAGGCAGAGAACUUAUCUACUUCGUCUAGAAAAUAUUCAGAUUUAAGAUCAAUCAAAUCUUCCGCUUCAAGGCAGAGAAGCGACAGAGAAUCAUAUACAGGAUCUAUUAAACCUCUUCCUCCAACAGAUCCAAACAAUCCUAACUUUGUUGAAGAAGAUAUCGAAAUUCUUCCAAUUAAUACUAAUACAAUUACAGAACAGAAAUCAGAGCCACAAACAGCUUCCAAAUCGUACACUGAUGAAUAUACUACUGUUUCCGAACUCCAAACUGCUACUUCUGGCACUGCAGAGUACGCUUUGUUCACAGGACCAAGCGGAAUACAGCCAGGCGUAGAUUACUAUGUCGAACUUUCUAUUCCUGAGUCAUCUCAUACUCAUGAUACCUCUCAAAGUGGCGUAGAACUCGCUGAAGACGAUGAUUCAUCUAAAUUCUCUGAUCUCAAGGAAAUUGAGGAUGUCUCUGAAAGAGAUGAUUACUAA